AUGUCAGUUAUUCGUGAGAGACAUCCCCUCACUUCUCUUAAUUAAUUACAAAAUCUAUUUGGAAAGACUAAACCAUAAGAGAACACUCAUAGUGUAUGUUUAGAGAAGACUCGUUAUACAAGUAAACCUAAAUAAAAAACUGAAGAUUCUAGAAGAGAAGUGUCAAAUGUUUAGAAAAGUUAAUACACAUUAUAAUCUUAAAAGCUAUAUACUAAUCAUUUAGAUAACAUCAAAUCAUCUAGGGCUUUUAAUGUAAAAAGUUAAGAUCUCUUACUUUCACCUGAAAGAAUUGAAUCAUUAUAAUAAGAUAAUAAAGUACUUGAAAUUUAAAAUGAUAAAAAGAGAAUUCUUAAAUAUUCUGUUGAACAUUCAAAUGAUACAAAUCAUAAAUUAUAAACUUAAGAAGAAUAACCAAAAAAGAUUGAAAAGUCACAAACAAUUUUAUUAAAAAAUCUUAUAUAAGUUAAAUAAUAAAGAGAUACUACAGAAAAACUAAAGAAUUCAAAAAGAGAAAAACAUAUUACUUCAAAUUAGUAUGAAAAUAAUGGAACAAAAUUAUGUAAAACCUAAUCAAAUACUCAAAACUAAACUAUAAAUGAAUGUAAAUUAUCAGAAAAUACUCAAUAAUGCUUUAUUUAAAGAUUUAUUAAAGAUUUUUAUUAUUUUCUUAGUAAUACAGAAAAUGUCAGAAUUAGUUGGGAUUACUCAAAAAUUUAUGAAAAUGAUUUCCAGUAAAUUCUUUAAGGAUUAGGAUUUGGAGAAAGUAAAGAUUUAUGGAAUGAUUUUACAAAUGGUUCCUAUAUACUCUCCAGAAAUAUGUUAAUAGUCUUACUUGCAAUCCUUAAUGUACCAGUUUAAUAAAUACCACUUUAUAUAACAAAGGAUGAUGAACAAGUACCUAUGGCAUCUCAUUAUAAGAAUGAUGAAAAUGGGAAUUUAAUACUAUCCUCAUAAGAUUGUAUUGAAAUACAUAACAAAUAUAAAUAACUAUAUUUGAAUACCAAACUAAUACAUGGAAAUGGAUAAAGACGAAAUAUUGAAAAAUCUAAAUCACCUCCAUAAGUUAUCAAUUUAUUAAGCAAUAGAUCUAGAGAUAUGGCUAUCAAGAAAAAGAAUAAUCUAAAUAUCAAUGAAUGGUUUGCUUAAUAGGAAUAGAAAAAAAAAGAUAAUAUUGAGAAAUUGAAAAGUUAACUUGAAUAAUAAGAAGAAAUAAAUGAAAUCAAAAAAUAAACUAUCAAACCUGUUGCAAUUGAUUUAACUUAAUUAAGCAAACCAAUUAAAAAACAAUAAGAUAAAUCAACUAUUGAUUUAGAAUUUGAAAAUCAAUAAUAAUUUUGUACAUUUUCACCUUAGAUUAAUCCAAUGAAAUAAUUUCCAAUCUCUACAGCUUCUACAUAAUAUGAUAUUGAUUAAUAAGCUAAAAGAUUAAGAGAAGCUCGACUUAGAUAGAAGACAUUAGAAAAAUUGAAAUGUACUGGAAACACAACAAACAAUGAAAGUAGAACAUAAAUUAAAUUAUAAACUGAAUAAUCAAAAAGUUAAGAACCAAAAUGUAAAAUAAUUAAAAGCAAACCUAUAUUUCUUAAUUUUCCUAUUUUAUAUAUUGAUGUAAAAAUAGAUGAUGCAAAAACUGUAAGAUUACCAGUAUUUAAUGGAGACAAUUCAGAAAGUUUAGCUACCAAAUUUGCAAUAGAUCAUAGUAAUAAUAUAUAUUAAUUAUAUUAAGAUUUAGAUAAUUCUUUAGAAGAAAGACUAAAAGAUUUAUUAGAAGAGUAAAUAACUUCUGUAUAAGGUUGA